AUGAGUUCCAGCGUUCCAUAUGAUUACCAAUCUGAAGAGGAUCUGAAAUUCAGAAGCAAAGCAGGGUUUUUAUCAGCUGGGAGGGUCUCUUUUGCAAAAUACAAAAAAUGGGGGUUAAUUAUAUUCACAGUGCUGUUUGGUCUGUACUGGUUGGGGACGGAUUUUUCGUUUUGGAAGAAAGACCCUCGUAUUGUUAUUAUACUUGCUGCAAAUGAGGGAGGAGGUGUAUUAAGGGCUAAGAGUGAGCAGGAAUGGGCAAUUGAAGGUAUAUCAGUAGCAAACAAGAGGGCAUAUGCCAAACGUCAUGGCUAUGGGUUGGAUAUUAAGGAUUUGACAAUUUCUAAAAGGUAUUCUCACGAAUAUCGGGAAGGUUGGCAAAAGAUAGACAUUUUGAAACAAGCUAUGAGACAAUAUCCGAAUGCAGAGUGGUUUUGGUGGCUUGAUGGCAGUACUCUAAUAAUGGAACCAGACAAGAGUUUAGAGGAACACAUAUUCAGCAGGCUAGAAACCUUGGCAGAACGUACCUUGAGCUUUAACCCAUUGGACCUACCUCCAGAUAUUCCAUAUGUCGAUUACAGCGAGCAAAUCGACCUCCUCAUUACUCAGGACUGUGGAGGAUUCAACUUAGGCUCUUUUUUCAUCAAGAAUAGCGAAUGGAGCUCCUUACUACUAGACAUGUGGUGGGACCCCGUGGGAUACGAACAGAAGCAUAUGAUCUGGGAACACCGCGAACAAGACGCUUUGGAGACCUUGUACGCUAAUGAGCCAUGGAUCAGGGAGAAAGUCGGAUUCCUACCUCUGCGUAGCAUCAAUGCAUUCCCUAAAGGUGCUUGCGCAGAUUUCAGCGAUGACACCCGCUACUUCUACAAUGAAAAGGACCACGACUUCCUUGUUAACAUGGCUGGUUGUAGUUUCGGCCGUGACUGUUGGGGCGAGAUGCGUCACUACGCAGGCCUCAUGGAAAAGCUUAACCGCAGAUGGUACUCAUUCCUAUUCUAG